CGAGGAUCACCAAAAUCGUUAUGCUGCUCUAAUCGCUACAUAAGUGUCCAUAUCACAAAAUACCCCUGGAAUAGUCAUUGUGGACGUAAUUGUCAACAACUGGAUACCAUGGUCACCAAGGGACCACACUGCUCCUUCGUUCUGCUCGCAGAAUUCGACAUUGAUAGCGGUGCGCAACUCACAUAUCAAUUUCCCCAACCUUUGGGCGCAGACGAGGGGUUACUUGCACAUCUGAUGCUCCCUGAUGGGGCAGAGCGACACCUCGAAGAUUGGACCAUAUUCUUCCUUAAUCAGACUCCCUUCAACACUAUUGCCCCCGUUCUUGCCUUGGAGACGCCCGAACCCAGCGACGACCAUUCCGGCACAGAGGGAAGUCGCCCAGAGCUGAUAUAUGUCCUAAACCUUGUACGGACAAAACAUGAUAAGUCGGUUCGAAGAGGUGCCGUAGUCAAAGCAAUGGCCGUAUGCACGCGUCAUCCCUUCAUUCAAAUAUUUAAACCUGUGCUUCUUUUGGCCCUUGAUGACUAUUUCGCCAACCCAUCCCAGGACUGUCUCGCUCGGCUCUUCGACACGAUAAACUCUAUGGAUAUAUCGACCGCUCCAGUGAUGACUCGAUUUGAGAAGCUCAUUAUGCGUGCAUCCGAACGGAAAGACAUUUUCUCCGAGAAGUUCGCUCCUCCCAAAGUUCCCCACACGGCAGCAACACCUCUAAAUGGAUCACAAGGCUCGCAGACCAACAAUCAGCACAAGACCACCUCAUCUUCAAGUUCACACUCGAGUGAGGAAAGUAUCGUGGCGAAAAACCGCAACCCAUACAACGGAAGCGCUCGGGAACAAUUGGCAGCGAAGAGUAGUACGACAAGUUUACAUCAACAACAGCACCACCCAUCUUCCCCGUCAGAUUCUUCAUUUUCUCUGGGGGGGAGUGCCGUUUGGGUCAAUGACGACAGCGUCAUUCUCGAUUCUCAGGUCGGCCUAGCCAUUGGAGGGGGCCCAGGUAGCGUUGCAUCUGGCAGCGGUACUCUAGCAAGUCGUGGACGCAGGUCUACCGACGCGUCAUCCUCGUCAUCCAGCGGGAUAGGGACAGAUCAUACGCACGGUGUACCGAUACCCACAGCCUCGGACUCCCAAUUGCGUUCCGGAAUAUCGAAGGAUACCCACUUCUUCCAGACAUCUAUAAUUUACAAAGAACAUCAUUUGCCCAUCAAGCUUCCUCUUGCUACCUUUCCAGAAGAAGUUGGCGAUUAUUCCUUAAUUCAGUUAAUUCAAACAUUCUCUACACCACUAGUUACGGUCACAGGACCUUUACAUCCUCAUCUGCACUCCAACGGAAGUCUUACUCACCCUAUAAUAAUACUCUUCAAUGCCCUCAUCACCGGAAAACGCGUUCUUUUCUUGGGGCACAACAUACCCGCUGGACAGGUGGCCAACUACGUGUUGUCGGCCUGUGCUCUCGGAUCAGGAUGUGGUGUAGGCAUGCGCGGGUUUAUCGAGCGGGCGUUCCCGUACGCUGGAUUAGCUGGUGGAGAAGAUUGGGCUUCAACGCCGGCAUAUAUUGCAGGAGCUACCAAUCCCAUCCUCGAGACCUCCAUAGCUUGGGACUUGUUGAUGGACAUUGGAACUGCCAGGGUAGUGGCACAUAGGGAUAUUCAUAUCAACUUCCCGACUACUCCACCGGCGAUCGGACCGCUGCUAACUCGUCAAGCGAUUCGUGCUGAAAAUUCUGGCGCAAGCGAGGAAGAGAUUGCACGCAUCGCGACGCGUGACAAGGAAACAAGUCAGAAAACUGAUUUCACUGCCAAAGCUGACAGCUUCGACAACAUAUUUAUGGAAGAUAUCAUCUCGGCUAUAACGUCACGCUUCGGUGAGAACGUCGUGCGUCUACGGUUUGUAGAGUACGUUGUGCGUUUUGUGAGGCUGGCGUCGCGGUACGAGGAGGUGACUUCUGGGACUACGAAACUUUACUACCCGAGCGCCGCUCUCGCCGAGGGAUCACUAGGCAGUGGAGUGGUCUUCCCAGAUGAAGCAGCGGCACUAAAAGAGCUUGCAGCCAACGCUAGCAGAAUAGAGGGUUGGCGGCGUACAAAGUUGCACCAAUAUUGUGUUUCCGAUUUUCAAGUAUUUCUGGCGACCAGCUCAAUCAAGGGGUUCGACCUCGCUCACCAGUUGUGCCGCCUACGUUUCGGGAAGAAUGUGCCAGAUGUCGAGGUAGAGCUAAUCACGCGGAAGAUCGCCGAAAACGUUCGAUCGCACGAGCAGGUUGUCGAGCUUUUGGCACAUACGCCGCUGUACCUAGGCGGACUUCAGCCACUAAGCUUUUGUCUAUUCCACCAACAAGAGGUGGUGCGGGAAGCAACGCUCGACAUCUUCAACGAGCUGAGGGCACAUCCGGUUGGAGUGAUGUUCCUUCAAACCCUAAACCAUUUCCAACGGUACGCCUACGUCCGCCAAGCGCAUGCACGGGAGAUGCGGAGCAGGGACCAGACACAACAGCUCAUCCCUCCUCUCCCAUAUGCCGCUAGGACACCCUCAUCCCGAAGUGAAGUCAGCUUAGGUGGUAUAUGAAGAUGGGACAGUGUGUUCUUAGCACAAAGAGUAGCACAGUAUGCAUCCUGAGUUUGACUGGACAUUGGAUUAAUACCAUACACGCCUGGCGAUGUUUCACAAACAGACAGCUGAAGAAAUGCCAUCUUGCCUGU